AAAAGAAUCUUCGAGAGGUCAGGCAAUCCUCAAUCGAGGACGCUUUGAAUUCGGACACACCCACCCCUUAAAGAAUUUUCUACAUUUUACCUCCGUCGACAUUACGGCUUCCAUCUUCAAUGACUGCAGUUUUACUCUGAAGAUUUCUCUUCUGUUUACUCUAAUUUCUGGCAAGAGCUGGGAAAACAAACCAAGGAGAAACUCAAAUCGAAGGAGGAGACCCCCAGAUUUAUCGUGGAAACCAUAGGGCAUGUGAUGGCGGAAGCAAACCGUGAAGGUGUUUCCUCCUCUAGCAGCAGGCCCGGGGGAGGUGCCCACGUGGGUUGUCCAAACCGGAUCGCCACGUCUUCCCUUCGUGGCACGGUGAUGGAAAACAUCGCCACUUCUGGGGCCGGCGUGUCAACGAAAAACACGGUCGUCUCCAGAUAUGAGUUAGACUUCGAUUCCCAGAGGAAAGUCACUCCUAGUCCGGGAAGAGAACAUGUCGAGAGAGUCGUAGAAGAGUAUUCGUGUCAAGUCAAAGAUUUGCAGAGGCGACUGAGCGAAACCACCGAACUGCACGAGAAACAGAAGUACCAUUUAAGGCAAUCAAUCUUCGAAUUGCAAACGAAGCUUCAGGAAUUGCAAAUGGAGAGAGAUGCCUUAAUUGACAUCAGGAGAAAGGAGACCCAGAGUCAGGAGGAAGUCAAAGCCCAACUUCAGGUGACGGUUCACGAACUGGAAACUGCCAGCUGCCUUCAGGAAGAGAUGCUCAAAGAGAGCAGCAAUCAGUCAGAGCAGCUCAGGAAGGUGCUGCAGACCCAGGAAGACGCCCUGCGGGAAAUCCGCGACGUCCUCGUGGGCUACGAAGAGAGCACGGGCAAGAGAAUAUACGAGCACGAGCCCAUCGCCCACCUCCACAUCCGCAGCUUGGGCACGGUUAUUAGUAAAGUCCUAAGGGAAUUAGACACCGAGGUGUCAUAUCUCAAAGGGAGGAUUUUUCCAGUGGAAGAGCAACUUGAAUCGUUGAAGAACGAAUCGCAGAACAAAGUGCAACUCCUUCUUCAACAACAUCAAGAUAGAAUCGAGCAACUGGUGGAUGAGCAUAAGUUUGAGGUGGCCGAACUAACCGAAAAAGCUAACAAUGCUCGCUGCCAGGCUAAAAGCUUCCAAAGUCAGAUGGCAAUCAUUCAAGACCAAGCAAGGAACCAAAAUUCACUCUAUAUGCGUCAGCUCAGUGAACUGGAGUCUACUGUUUCCCAGUUGCGUUCUGAAUUAAGGGAAACCAAAAGGAUCUCUGAGGACAAGGUAGAAGAACUUGAGAAGCAACUGGCCCUGUCCAACUCGCAGCUGACCGAGGCUCGAACGGAGCGGGAUCAAUUCAGCCAGGAAUCCGGGAACUUGGACGAUAAAAUCCAGAUGAUGCUGGCAGAUCUGCAUAAAAAGGAUAAGGAGCUGAGCCUGGAAAAGGAACAGAAUAAGCGCCUUUGGGAUCGGGACACAGGGAACAGCAUAACCAUCGACCAUCUGCGCCGGGAACUCGAUGACAGGAACAUGGAAGUGCAACACCUGGAAUCGCUGGUGAAGAAGAUGAAGAACGAUUCCCAGGAUCAGAUGGAACGGCAGAUGGCAACCAUCCAGGAAAAGAAUGCGAACCUCGAGAAAGUGUCUUGCUUGGCCACUCAGCUGGAGUCGACCAAAGAGAUGCUCCGCAAGGCGGUGGAAGAGUUGACCGCCAAGAAAAUCACCCUGGAGGCCUCCGAGCGGACGGUGGCCGACCUGACGGCGACUUUGCAAGAGAAAGAGAGGGCCGUCGAGGGGACCAACGCCGAGGUCGUCCGGCUCCGCUCCAGGGUGGACGUGAAACUGCAGGAGCUCCAACACCUGAAGGAGGAGGGAGAGCACCUCCGGAACGUCCAGUCUGACUGCGAGGCCCUGAGGCUCCAGAUGGCCGAAAAGGACAAGGUGGUGGACAUUUUGCAGCAGCAGAUCGAGAAAAUGUCCUUACUGGUCGGCCAGCACGGCCGGACGGCCGGAGCCAUGAAGGUGGAGAAAUCUCAGCUUGAAAAAGAAGUCAACGACAGGAAACUGGAACUACAGGAACUUAAGGUCCUGAAGGAUAAAAGAGAUUCGAGAAUCCGGGAGUUAGAGGCCCAGCUGAGCAGCCUGGACCUGGAGAAGAACCAGCUGGUGAAAAGCGGCACCGAGCGGCUCCGGGCCCUAAAGGAGCUCAAACUGGAGAGGGAACAGCUGACGAUGGAGGUGAAAGCCAGUCGCAACGAGCUAGCCCGCAUCUCAGAGGACUAUGAGGUCUUAAAGAGGAAUUACCGAAACAAAAGUGAAGAGAUGGAGUGCACCACGCAAAAAUUGAAAAUGCAGCUCAAGUCCGCCCAGGCCGAACUGGAGCAAACGCGAAUCACUUUGAAGUCGAUGGAAGGAGCUGAUGGGCAAGCUCUGAAAGUCGCCAUGGGAAUGCAGAAACAAAUCACCGCUAAGAGAGGACAAAUAGAUGCCCUGGAGAGCAAGAUUCAGUUCUUGGAAGAGGCCAUGGAAAAUACAUCUAAGGAGAAGGAUUUCCUCAGAGAAGAGAAAAUGAAACUGAACUUAGAGCUGAACUCCAUUGCCACCGAAAAAAACAAGAUGGCGGGGGAGCUGGAGAUCCUCAAGUCCCAGGAGCGGCGUUUGAAGGAGAAGGUGGCAAACAUGGAGAACGCCCUGGAUAAGGCUUCGUUGCAGUUUGCAGAAUGUCAAGACAUCAUCUUGCGUCAGGAACAAGAAUCAGUGCGCUUAAAACUCCAACAUACUUUGGAUGUCAGAGAACUUCAAGGCCCAGGAUACACCUCGGGUUCUUCCACGAAGCAGCGGCUUCCACGAGCCUCAUCUCUCCCCCGCCCGGCCUCUUCUGUCUUACCCACUGCCCGUUCUUCCCUGAACUACGCAACUACGGUAGCCUCCAAGUCUUCCGUGCAGAGGGAUGAUCCGACGCGGGAUUUGAAGCAGCUGCUCCAGGAAUUACGCAGCGUGAUCAACGAGGAGCCCCCCGUGCCUCUGACCAAGAUGGACGGCGCCGACGGGGGAGCGGCUCCCGGGGGAAGCCUUCGUGGGACAGCAGCGGACACGAGCAGGGAACCCACUGCUGACUCGAGCCUGCGCUCGGAUACGUACAACAGAAGCAUUUCAGUGAGAGAAUCCAUUGAAAGCAGCCGAGCCAACCAAGUCUUCAACAGGAGCCCUACGACUUCUUAUCUUGGAGACCUCGAAGAGCCAGCGGGUAACUUCUCUUUUUCGUCCACCGGGAGCCCUUCCAGCUUGCCGGCCGGCCCCCCGUUCUCCUCGUCCCCCAAGUCCCCGCGGGGGCCCCAGCCCGGGGAGUGCUCUCCCGUGCACGCCCUGCUGACCUCCUUCCCCGAGGACGGGGCCGCCUCGUCCGCCGCCUCCGCCGCGGAGUCCCGGUCCGCCCGGCGCAGCCGCUCGCCCGACAAGGCCAAGAGUGUCUCCUUCAGCCCCUACCCUCCAGCCGUGGAGCCCAGGAGCGGAGCGGGGCAGCUGUCUGCCACCCUCCCCGCCUCCAAACCGAAUUUACCAGCUUUCCAGGACGGGGCUCCGGCUUCCCCAGCUUCCCCGCCCACGGGGGCGACCAGGCAGAGCUGCCAGAAGCUCCAUACCAGGCUGGAAGGCUUGCAGUGCAUGGUAGAACGCUUGCAGCUGAAAAACCAAGCCAUGUCAUCAAUGAUCAAAACUCAAGAGAAGAGGAUACAGAAAGUGAAAGACCAGGAGAAAAUGCUACUGAAAUAAGCCUUCGGCAACCGGAUUUUUCCCUGCGGACUCUGGCCGGCCAGCUGUGAGGUUGAAAAUAUGCAUUCUCCUAUGAGGUAUUUUUUUUUUUUCCCUAUGGGAAUUUAAUUAAAAGCAUCCUCUUAGUCUUGUAA